AUGAAUGAAAUGUUCUGUGAAGAGUACACGCAGUAUUUUCCCUCCGCCAUCGAAAUCAGUGAUUUCCGAUGGACUUACUUUGCUAAUUGUCUUCUGAACAUUUUCUUAACUCAUACUGCUAUUAUGCUGAAUAUUAUGACGAUUUACGCUAUACGGAAAACUUCGAUGCUGUCAAAGACAAUGAGAACAUUGCUGCUGAGUCUUGCAGUUUCUGAUGUUGGUGUUGGUCUGUUUGUUCAGCCAUUCUAUUCUUCACUGCAGGUGAACUGGGUACAACAACAGAGCAAUCCAAGCUGUGAUACGUUCACGGCCUUCAUGAUAAUCAACAUUACUUUUUCUGUAGCUUCGUUCCUGAGUGUUGUAGCUGUUGGUGUAGACAGGUUCUUAGCUAUUCAUUUUCAUCUUCGGUACCGGGAACUUGUCACUCAGAAACGUGUUGUUGCUGUUGUCUUAUCAAACUGGCUUCUGAGUGCAUUUGUUUCUCUAAUUAUACUCUGGGCUCCUUUCAGUGCUCAAAACCUAAUUCUUUCAGCUGGUGGAAUUAUAUGUUUUCUUGUCACAGCAAUGAUUUACAUUAACACUUAUUCAGUGGCUCGACGCCACAAAGUUCAAAUGCGGUCCCUGCAAGUACAGCAAAGAGAACGCAUCGAUGAAAUGGCAGAUUUUGCCUGCCAAAUCAAGUCUGCUGUCAGUUUGUUCUACGUAUACCUGGUGUUUUUACUCUGCUUUGUUCCUUUUUACGUCUCCGUGGCUUCUAUUAAAAUUCACGGUUCGAGUAUAAUAUUGAAAAGAUUUUAUCUUCUCUCAGUGACUCUGGUUUUCCUGAAUUCAUCGCUGAACCCUAUAAUUUACUGUUGGAAGAUACGACACAUCCGACGGACCAUCAUGGACUCACUGAAGAGCAUGUCUUGGAACAGGAAUUAG